CUCCCUCGAGCCUUGCAUAUUCAAUACCUAUUUCGGUUUUCAACAGCAAAUAGCUGAAUUUUAAAAAAUUGUAUAGGGAUUUUUACUGAUUCCAAUCAAAAUUAAAUAAAAUAGUGCAGUUAUCGUGAAACACACUGUUAUCAAAGAUGAAUAUUUUCCGAUUGACCGGUGAUCUUUCCCAUCUUCUUGCUAUUAUGAUCCUACUUGCCAAAAUAUGGAAGACGAGGUCGUGUGCAGGAAUAUCUGGAAAAAGUCAAGUACUCUUUGCAUUGGUUUUUGCAACAAGAUAUCUUGAUCUGUUCACCAACUUUAUUUCUGCUUACAAUUCCGUUAUGAAAAUUAUCUACAUUUCCUGCGCAUUUGCCACUGUUUAUUUGAUCUAUAUUAAAUUCAAAGCAACGUACGAUGGAAAUCAUGAUACUCUCAGACUUGAAUUUCUUAUCGUACCUGUUGGAGGUCUCGCAUUUCUGGUGAACCAUGAGUUUUCACCGCUUGAGAUUCUCUGGACAUUCAGUAUUUACUUGGAAUCUGUUGCCAUCCUUCCACAGCUGUUCAUGAUUACCAAAACUGGAGAAGCAGAAACAAUUACUACACAUUACCUAUUCGCCCUGGGAAUGUACAGAGCACUAUACCUUGUGAACUGGAUCUGGCGUUAUUACUUCGAAGGAUUCUUUGAUCUGAUCGCUAUCGUUGCUGGAUGUGUUCAAACUAUCUUAUACUGCGACUUCUUCUACCUGUAUGUCUCGAAAGUGCUGAAAGGGAAGAAACUCAGCCUACCUGCAUAAACGCAUCUUCAUCCAGGACGACAAAAUAACCUCCUGUGAGGUUCGAACUGCUAUUCUGAGACUAUAAAACAAAUAGACUUUCAAAUAAAAUUAUUUUUUUUCGAGUUCAAAUACGAAAAUGUCUAUGUGACAUGCUCGAUGUGAAUUGAUCUAUACAUGUAAUAUAUGCUUUUGUUGUUUGAACAAACUUAUUUAGGAAAUUAUCUCCAUAUUCAGAAGGGUCCUCCAUCCAUAUUUGGAAUUUCUUGACGAUGAAUUGUAGUCCGGUUAAUGAUACCAAAGUUUGACCCUGAUCGCUGUAUUAUUUUUCCGCCAGGACUAUUCGAAAUCAGUGUUUUAGUGAACCUUGUAUAAUAACAACGCUUAGAAUAUGUAGCUGCUGCCUUGCCCAUCGGAAAACAUACUUACAUGCAUGCAAGUUGUCAAUGGUGAUUAUAAGGCUUUUGCUUUUCCCAUCCAUGUUCUUCCCUCAUAAAUUUGCUAGACAUGGAUAUGUGUAUAGUGUUGGAUGUAAAUGCACUGAUAUGAAAAUUUUUUUUGAUCAUUUCUUAUUAGAAAACUAUCGAUAUAGCUAGAGAUUGAUUGUAUUAGGGGUGCCACCCAGUAGUUUUGUUGCGGAGUAGAUUUUUCUUUUAUUAAUAUAUGAGAAUGUGACAGUUUUGGAGGUCAUUUGGUGCUACAGUGCUUUCUUAACAUCUAGUACUUUACCUGAAAAUAUGCCGAUCGGGUAUGCUUUUAUAAGUAUUCAAUGCUAAGACUAACUAUAUCUAUUUUGUCAUGUUUUUUUAUGCCGGCUCUUCGAUGCCCAAUAAAUUUACUUCAAUUUUGAGACAUAGCACCCACAUUUUGUUCUGCAUUUCACAAAUGGAUUUUAAAGUUGAUGCAAACCCAACAUAACCCUUGAAUGAAGAAUGUAAAAAUUUGUUCAGUUUUUUUUUUACAGUUGCCUGUAUAUUUUCCUCCAUUAUUUUUUCAAGUUGCAUGGUUUGAGCAAAAUUAUAGUUUCCUGAUGAUCAGCGAUUGAAACCUUGUUAUAGAGUACAGAUUUUUGACUGAUGAACUGUAAAAAGAGAAUGACUGUUACUACUAAAUAAAUCAUAUUGUUACACAA